CAGACAGGUGCUGUACCUUCCUGCUGAAAAUGUAGUCAUGGCUUCUGGCUUCUGUGAAGAUUGCAACCGACUGCUCACAGAAUUUAUUGCUCGUGUGAGGACAUUUUGCAGAGAGUUUGAGCAAAAACUAAGGGACAUUUUCAGAGAACUUUGUCGGUGCACCUGCUUUAGGACUAGACCUGAAAGGAGAUCUCAGGAGUCGCCCUCUGUACAUCUUCUGUAUGAUGAUGAAACCCAGCUCCUUAGUCAGGAACAUCUACAAGCGCUGAACAGACUUGCAACCUCAGAAAACAUUGAUCUACAAAUGACUGCAGCCAUGUAUUAUUUACAUCUCAGUCAUCAUUUGAACUCUCCGUUACCAGAUGCCUUCAUGGAGCCACUCAUGGCCUUACUUUUAUCAACUGACCUCGAUGUGCAAAAGACUAUCUCUCUGUCUUUGGUAAAUCUGUUAGUAAAAAAUAAUGCGUGCAAAGAGUUAGUGAUUGAAAUGGGGAUGCUGGUGCCGAUACUGGAGUCGUUCCAGUCUGGGGAUGCCACCGCUCAGUGUCACUCAUGUGCUUGUGUCACCAUGCUGGCCUCCUCAGAAUCAAACAGGGAAGCCGUCAUGGUGGAUGGAAUCAUACCACUGUUGGCUUUGGCAAAAUCCUACGACCCACUGGUGCAACAGAACGCAACUUGGGCUCUGUUACAUCUCGCACAGUCAGAUUGGUCAACAAGGAUCUUAUGUCAGGCAGGAGCCAUUCCUGUGCUGGUACUCCUGCUGCAGUCCUCAGAUUCAGAGGUUCAGUUUUACAGCUGCACCGCUCUGUGCAACAUCGCUGCUGUCCAGGAGCACCAUCCAAAGUUACUCAGCAUUGGGGGUCAUUUUUUGUUAAAGUCUCUUCUCACCCUCAUGUCUUCCUCUGUGCAAAAGAAUUCAGCCCAAGCGUGCAGAUGCCUCCAAACGCUCUCAAAGAAUGUUCUGAUCCAGGAGCAGCUGAUGGAGCUUGACUGUGUGUUGCCUCUGAAGGCACUGCUGAAAACCUCUUCUCCUGAGUCAGCCAUAACACUACUGUCUACACUGUCUGCACACCCACCAAACAAUGACAUCCUGGUGAGCGAAGGGCUGUUGGAUGAAAUCGGUCAGCUGCUUCAUCAUCACAGAUCCAGCUUUGUUAUUAUCACACAUAGCUGCAAGAUAAUCGCUGACCUCUGUAGCUCCUGCGUGGGUCAGCAGGCUGUGAUGGAAAGUCCGUGUUUAUCAGAACUCCUCUGGGCUCUUCUAUCUCCCGCCCUGUCAGAUGAGACCAUGCUGCAUGUGACGUUGCACUUACAUCAGCUGAUGACCUGGGAUCCACUCAAGUCUAAAUUGUCAGCGACAAUAACAUCAGAACAAGUUUCAAGACUAGUGAAGUUGUCGGGGCAAAUACAAAAUCCUGAGUUGUCAUACAACAGCUCGGCCAUCCUCAGCAAACUAGAAAUAACCGGGGAAAUGGUCCAGUUGCUGAGACCUCACUAUGUUGCCAUGUUGGACUACCUGUUGGUGUUCCUCCAAAAGAAAGAUGUGAAGUUUCAGCAGCUCUCCAUAGUUACACUAUUCAACCUCAAGAAAGAUGGAGACUUUUCAUCCCUGUUGGCUGGCAGUGAGUUGGAGAUUCAGCUCAGGAAGGUGCAUGCGCAGACGGAGGAAACCAGACGGCUGCUGCAAAUGAUUCAGCCCCUUUCUCCAUCUUCUGUUAACCCUUGAAGUUCUCAGUACAAAUACUAAGAGAUGUGCACAGCGUGGACCGUAUGAGGUGUUUACAUUCAUGCACUGCAUGGACAAGCAGCAUUUUGAUAUCGUGUUUGGUGUUUUAAUGUGUUUAUUUUACAUUUUUUAUGAGUUUUUAUGUUUACAGUCAAGAAAUUAAGUGAAAAACAAGGCAGAGAUGCGGCAUAGUAUUACCUUUAAUUAAAUAUGGCAUAUAUUUCAAUUUUGUAACAGGUUAACAAGUGAUAGGUAUAAGCAAUACUUAAACUAUAAGAUCAAAUAUUGAUGAUCAGAUACAUUUGUUUUUAUAUGAUUUUAUUGUAAUAAACUCACUUAACUUCUA